GGCGCGGCGGCCGGACUGGUGAGCAACGCACGGCGGGCCUGGCCACCGAGGGGUGCGUGCCCGGAAGCGCCGUCGCCGACCCGGAGCCAUGGCGGCCGCGGCGCUGGGGGCGGCCUGGCGCGCUCUGCGCCCGCCCAGGAGGCUUCUGGGAAUGUGGCCGGCGCAGACCAGGGACGCGCACCAGCGGGCUUCGCUGCUGUCCUUCUGGGGACUCGUGCCCAUGAGAGCAGAGCCUCUGCGAAAGAAAAAAGUUGAUCCCAAAAAGGACCAGGCAGCAAAGGACCGCUUGAAAAAGAGGAUCCGACGGCUGGAAAAGGCGAGCCAGGAGCUAAUUCCCAUUGAGGACUUCAUCACGCCAGUCAAGUUCUUGAACAAAACAAGACAGCGGCCUCCGGCAGAGCUCCCCUUCGAGGAGAGCGAGCGCAGGGCCCUGCUUCUGAAGAAGUGGUCACUGUACAAGCAGCGGGAGCAUGAGGCGGAGAGGGAUGCUGUCCGGUCCCUGCUCCAGGCCCAGCAGGAAGCUCUGCGGGAGCUGCAGCUCACAGCCCCGGAGCUCCAUGCUGAGGCCACCAAACGGGACCCUGGUCUGUUCCCCUUUGAGAGACAAGGACCAGAUUACACGCCUCCCAUCUCCAACUACCAGCCCCCAGAAGGCAGGUACCACGACAUCACCAAAGUGUACACACAGGUGGAGUUCAAGAGGUAGAGCUGCUGGCAGCCGCGCCCAGAGCGCCCAGAUGUCUGGGUCAGGCCUGCCUGUGGCAGCAUGCAGUGAAUAAAUAUUUAAGAGCAA